AUAACAGCUGACUCCAGCACAGAAACACCAGUCGCAUUCCACGAGGAAGCAUGAGGUCUUGCAAUCUGUGCAUUGUACUAAGCUUGACAGCUGCAGUUUACUGCUUGCCGGUAUCACAGGUUACUGUGCAGGAUGAAAGUUUUGCAGAGAGCUACCUGAAGAAUUUCUUCAACCUAACAGAGGAGACCGGCCCAACUAUCAGACGGGGGAUCAGCCCGGUGAGCAAGAAGCUGAGUGAGAUGCAGAGAUUCUUUGGUCUCCAGAUCACCGGGACACUGACAGCUGACACCUUGGAGAUGAUGAAGAAGGCCCGCUGUGGUGUUCCAGACACCAACGUUGCCAGUUUCUCCACAUUUAGAAAUAGCCCCAAAUGGGAGAAAAACAGACUCACCUACAGGAUAGAGAACUACACGCCUGACAUGUCUACAUCAGAGGUCGAUGACUCCAUAGAGAAAGCUCUGCAGGUUUGGGCCAAAGUCACCCCUCUGAGAUUCACGAGAAUCUACAGUGGCACCGCUGACAUCAUGAUCUCCUUUGGACCGCGAUCACAUGGUGAUUAUUACCCCUUUGAUGGCCCUGAUGGCACUCUCGCCCACGCCUUCGCCCCAGCCCCUGGCAUUGGAGGAGAUGCUCAUUUUGACGAGGAUGAGACCUUCACUUUCCGCUCAAAUACCGGCUAUGUCCUCUUCAUGGUGGCUGCCCAUGAGUUUGGCCACUCCCUGGGCUUGUCUCACUCUAAUGAUCCUGGUGCUCUCAUGUACCCUGUGUACACAUACAGAAACCCUGACACUUUCGUUUUGCCCCGGGAUGAUGUCAAUGGCAUCCAGUCUCUCUAUGGUCCAAACCCUGACAAGGAUCCCGUCCAGCCUGGACCUGAGCCUCCCACCACCCCUGAUGCCUGUGAUUCAACCAUGGUCUUGGAUGCGAUCACCACCCUGAGAGGAGAGAUGUUCUUUUUCAAGAACAGCUUCUUCUGGCGUCGCUCCCCUCAGAGAAAUAUACAGCAGAGUCUCAUCACUAACUUCUGGCCCAAUGCCCCCAUCAACAUCGACGCUGCUUAUGAAAGCCAGUCAGACAAAAUCUUUCUCUUUAAAGGUCGUAGAGUUUGGGCCUUCUCUGGCUAUAAUCUUGUACGUGGCUAUCCUAAAGAGCUUAGCAGCUUUGGUCUGCCAAGAAGGCUGAGGAAAAUCGAUGCUGCCCUCUAUGAUGUGGAAUCUGGCAAGACUCUGUUCUUCGUUGGCAGCUCUUACUACAGUUAUGAUGAGGCCAAACAGACCAUGGACCAGGGAUUCCCCAAGCGGUUGAAUCGUACCUUCUACGGCCUAAAAGGCAAAGUGACUGCAGCUUUCCAGUACAAAGGUUAUACUUACAUCAACAGAGGACAGGACAUGUUGGAGUACAACCUGAGGACUGGGAGGUUGCUUCGUGUGCUGAGGAACAGCUACUUCUUGCCAUGCACUAACUCCUAGACCAGUUUACUAGCUAAGUUGUUUAUGUAGCCACUCUGAAUGAGAAUGAAUGUACACUAGCAGUGUUAAAAUAGUAUAUUUUAAAUAUGUGUUCUGAUUCUAAAUAUUAUGCUUUCAAAAUGUCAACUAUAUACAAUUAUAUUUUUUUUAAAUGUUAUUUUCAUAUAGUCUACAUGUCUGUCAUAUAUAUGUAUGUAUGUAUUGAUGCUUGGUAUGAAUUGGAAAAUUGGAUAUUAAGUAAAAGGUUGAAUCCGAUGGGCUACAGUCAGGAACUUCCUGAUGAUACCUCUGAUCAUAAUGAAACAUCUUCAAGAUGCUGCCCUUGCAUGACCAAUUAUUACUGGUCAUUCUAUUAUUAUUAUUAUUACUGCUGUUCUUUACAUCUGCAAUCUAAUGAUAAGAUGUCCAGGAAAGCUUGGAGAUUUGUGUAAUUCAUUCAUUUAUUUUACAAAUAAAUGAAUGAAACUAACUUGAUUUAUAAUUGGACAAAAAAAGCAGGGUUAACAAAGGUCUGCUUAAUAAAUGCAUUAUCAGUCAUUGAAA